AUGGCAGGUAGCCGUAAGUCGGUUGAGAGUGCGGUGACUGCUUGGCUUGACAGUCAGGACUCCUGGUACACAGUUCCCGAGGGGUUAGUGGCUACUAGAGCCAGCAGUAUGACUAUGGGCACCUGUUACACAGCUCCUGAGGGGUUAGCGGCUACUAGAACAAGCAGUAUGAAUUUAACUCCACCCAGUAUGACUACGGACUCACGGCCGCGUUCUUCGAAGAACAUACCAGUGGUAGCCAUGAACAGCAGCUUGUAUACGCGUGCCAACGGGUCUUCAUUCACUUUACCAGUUCUUCGAUUGAGAACGGAUGUAGGCCCAGUGAGGCCAGUACAGUCAUUGUCUGGGGCUUCGCUACCGACAAUGACAGUACCCCCGUCGGCCGAGGCUUUUCAUCUCCCGUAUCCCCCCGUUUCUACACAGCUCGGUACAUUACCAAUGCUAGUAUCGUCAUCAUCAGAACCUUCGUGGGCACAAAGACCUGUGCACCCGUUAUCACGGAAGACAUUACCAAUUGGUCCAAGUCCGCUUUCACAGGUCCAUACACCAGCCGAACCCUUGCAAAGGAGGCCCAAGAAAAAGUCAUUCAAGAGGCAAGUCACUGGUUUAUUUGAACCGAAGAUCCUUCCAAUCUUCAAAACAAAACCAGGGUUGUCACCCACGAAGAAGGUAGCAAAGGUUGGUAAAAGAGCGCUGAAGUACGUAUGGACUCAUGUCGUACGAACUUUCACUCUUGGCUGGGACAAGGGUGAUGACAAUUACAGUGUUCGUAGCUGGUAA